UCUAAUGACCAUUUUGUAGUUGACAAUGACACCCAAUAUUUUACAAAUAGUGCUCUAAACCUUGACGCCGAGGAAAUUAGUCGGCGACGGCGGCUGCAAGGAGUGAACACACUAACCAUGGGGAAAAAGAAAGAGAAGAAAUAUAGGCAGCAGCAUGCUCCGAGAACAGCUUCUUACUACUACGAGGACGACUAUGGCAAUGGCGGAGGAGAGAACGACGGCCCACAAAGCGUGGUUGCUUCUUCUCCUCUUUCCGAUGAAGAUAAAGCCUCUCCAGUUGACGACGACUUCCCAGAAGACAACGAACAAGAGGAGGCCAACCCAUCUGGAGAUAUUCCUUCAAAGUAUCUCCUUUACCAGCAGUCUGUACAGUCACCCAAAGGAGACAUAAGCUAUUUGCAGAAGUUCUUUCUGAUGUAUGUGGGUGAGAGGGUGCCUCUCCAUUUCCAGGAAGAUUUCUGUGGCACUGCUCUCCUUAGUACAGAAUGGCUGAGGGGUGACUCGAGGCGGACUGCAGUGGGAGUGGAUUUGGACCUGGAGGCACUAGAAUGGUGCAUGGAGAACAACAUAAACAAAGUUGGUGCUGAUGUAUAUUCUAGAAUAUCCCUCUUCCAUGGCAACGUCUUGCAGCCUCUCGAGGCGAAACUGAUGAGAAGUGAAUCCGAAGAACUGACGAUUAGUACUAUUAAGUUGGAAGAGGGCGAGGAGGAUCCUGUUUCAGCUGGCGAUGUUCUCGAUUCUUCAACCAGAACAGAUUUGCCAUGUUCCCCGGAUGACAAGUACUUGAAGAGAAACUGUCCUCUACCAGCAAGAGACAUCGUGUGUGCUUUCAACUUCAGCUGCUGUUGUCUCCACAAACGGGGAGAACUUGUUUUGUACUUCAAGAAUGUUCUUGAAUGCUUGUCCAAGAAAGGUGGGAUCUUUGUGAUGGAUUUGUAUGGUGGUACUUCAUCUGAGCAAAAGCUGAGGCUUCAGAGAAGAUUUCCUAGUUUCACGUACAUGUGGGAGCAAGCUGAGUUCGACAUAGUGGCACGAAAAACAAGAAUCAGCCUCCAUUUCCAUCUCCUGAAGCAGCAGAGGAAAAUCCGGCAUGCAUUUUCAUACAGCUGGAGGCUAUGGUCAUUGCCAGAAAUCAAAGACUGUUUAGAGGAGGCAGGGUUUCGGUCCGUCCAUUUCUGGCUUCGCAAGGUGCCAGACGUCGAGGAAUGCAGGAGCACACAAGGAUUCGGAGCUGGACGAGACAUCAAGUACAAGGAGGUCCAGAAGUUUGAGCAGGAGGAUUCCUGGAACGCAUAUAUUGUCGCUGUUGCAAACUAAUAAACCCAGAAACUGCUGCUUGGCCCCUUCCUUUUCCCAACAGUAACUGACAUUUUUUAACUUUGUUACAACAUUUGCCAUUUCCUAAGAUUCAUGGCACUUCUGAUCUGGAAAACUGUUGAAUUUCAUUUCAUCCUUUCUGUUUCUGAGAUCCCUUCCGAGUUGUUCACUUACUCCAAAAUCAUAUUCUUCGUAGCUAAUCAAGUAGGCAAGUAAAU